CACGUGUGUGAGCAGGUGGCAAGAUUCACUUUAACACUAGUUAAACUUAAAGUCCCUGAGGUGGAGUCGUCUGAGAAUAUGGAGGUAACGGAUUCAGAGAAACAACAUCUGAUUGAGACUCAUUUGGAGCCUGUUAGAUGGACGAGUUCUCCAGAGGAAACAUGUUCAGACUCUGCGUCAGAGUGGAGCGACGGCGGCUCCAGUGUGGACGGCCUGCGGCAGCCCGAGCAGCUCUGCCAGGAGACGGACACGAUGUCGGAAGCUGAGAGCGUCGCGAGACGUUCGGCCAGAAGGAAGCUUUUUGUCGCCUGCGCUGUGAGCCUCGUCUUCAUGACCGGAGAAGUGAUUGGUGGUUACGCCGCUCACAGUCUGGCCAUCAUGACGGAUGCAGCACAUCUUCUGACUGACUUUGGCAGCAUCGUGAUCAGCCUCUUCUCUCUGUGGAUCUCAUCCAGGCCUCAGACACACACCAUGACCUUUGGGUGGCAUCGAGCAGAGAUUCUGGGCAUGUUGCUGUCAGUUGUGUCUAUCUGGGCUGUGACAGCAGUGUUGGUCAUAUCCGCCAUACAGAGGAUCACUGAUGGAGACUACGACAUCGACAGUCAGAUAAUGCUCAUAACCUCCGGCUGCGCUGUGGGCGUCAACGUCCUGAUGGUCCUGAUCCUCCAUCAGUCUGGUGCCUCACACGGCCACAGUCACAGCUUUCCUACCAGCCGGCGGCAGAGGGACAAACAGCGGCAGGGGCACGGCCACCAUCAUCACGGCAACGCCAGUGUGAAGGCGGCUUUCAUCCACGUGGUGGGAGAUCUGGUGCAAAGUGUCGGAGUCCUGCUGGCUGCCACCAUCAUCCACUUCCGGCCUGAAUAUAAAGUAGCAGAUCCAAUUUGCACCUUCCUGUUCUCGGUGCUCGUCCUCGGAACAACGCUCCCCGUCACAAAGGAUGUUUUCAGAAUACUGAUGGAGGGUAAACAAUGCUGCGGUGACUUUAUUAUUUUCUUGUGUGCCGUUUUUGUUCCCGACACUGACUGCGUGGUUUUGUUUUCUGCAGGCACUCCUCAGGGCUUUGACUUCGGCGCUGUGAGAGAGCUGCUGCUGUCUGUGAGAGGAGUCGUGGCCGUUCACAGUUUGCACAUGUGGAGCCUCAACAUGAGUCACUCUUUACUUUCUGUCCACGUGGCCGCAGAAGAAGAAGCUGAUGCACAGAUCGUCCUCAUGAAGGCAACAAAGCUUGUGCGCUCCGAGUUCGGUUUCUCCAGCAUCACGAUCCAAGUGGAACGUUAAAGGGGGGCGACAGCAGCUGGACUGUAAGACGACGAGGGGGGGACAGGUUCCUCAAACACUGGCUGACUACUACAUUUUUAGAUUUAGAGAGUUUGUGGCAUUGUUUACAUCUCAAGUGUUGUUUAAGCUUCCAACCGCUCCAUGUUUUAUUCCUGUAAAGAGUACAGCUACUCUUCUGUAUAUAUUCAAACUCUCAGAGCUGAAAAAUAUUUAUUCAUGCUGUUUUAUGAAUUUGGUAAAAAAACAAAAAACAAAACAGACCAGAACUCCCAAAGUUGGCUACUCAGAAAUCUGGAGUUCAUUUUUAUUUAUGAAGCUUUAUGACUUUUUUUAUCCGUCAUAGCCCAGAUCCAUAUUUUACUGCUAUUUAAUUGACUAUCAGAAGGAUCUUUACACAGAUCUAACUGUGUAAUAAUCCGUUAUAAAUGCCACAUUCAGUAUUUGUGAAACAGUAAAACUCUUGUAUUAUAUCAUCGCUUAUUUCUCAAGUUUUUUGAUUAUUACUGACAUAUUUUAAGGUUUCACAUGAGGAUUAUUCCUCCCAUAUAAAUACAUUUUCACCUUCAGUCGAGGUCAAUAAUAAUCUGCAUUCUCAGAAACGUACAAAUGAUUUCUUUUUGCAACAUCGGUGUCAAUUUAUUUUGACAAAUCCUGGUCAGAGUACAGUUCCUCGAACCAUACAGACACAUAAGUAACAACAAAUUCAUUCAAACACGUUAAUGCAGUUCACACAUGAACCUGAUGGCAGUCCUGGUCGAACUGGAAUAUGAAGCACACAGAUAUGAAAUUGUUCUUUAAAGGCAUCAUUGUGAUGUUUUUAUGCACUCAUCAGUUUACUUGAUGAGCGAGCCACAAAAACGACCAAACAUCUGGACAGACGUGUUCAGUUCAGUCGUUCAACAAACCCAACAAAACCAGUCGUCAGCCUCAGUUUGUCGACCCGGGGCGUCCACCUUUCCAGUAGUUACUGUAGGCCUCCUGGAACAUGUUCUUGCACGCUAUCUUAGCUUUGAGUUUGGAGCAGAUGAGGAAGGAGCCGCCCAUCUUGCGGUGGAGGGAGUACGUCUCCUCAGGAGGCGGCGUGAGUCGCUCCCUCAGCAUCACGGGGAUGAGGCUGUGGAUGCGCUCGGUGGUGCUCUGAGCUCCAAAGUCGAAGGGCUCCUCGGAGGAAAAGGCCUCCCCGAGGAUCAUCACUGCGUCCACGUGGGCGUUCUCCAUCGCCUUGUUACGGGGACACAGCAGUUAGUCAACACGCUUUGGGAAAUUUACUUUUUUAGCUUUCUGGCGGAGAGAUAGAUGAAGACUGACAUCACUCUUAUCUCUCAAAUGAACAGACUGAAAACAGAGGGGAACUGCUAGCUAGCUUUGUCCAAAGGUAAGAGCACAAUUAAAGCUCACUAAUUAAAUUGUUAUAUCUCAAUUUCAUAUGUAAAAGCUCAAUUUAAAGUAAAUAUUAAUGCAUUAUCAAUGUAUUACUGGAAACUUUAUUCUCCGCAGAUGUUAAAUUGUUUGCUUCCCUGUUGGUAGAUUUGAUAUUAUUGCAUGUUCAGCUGUUGGACUGUGGACAGACUGAAAGACAGAAUUACUAAUAAUUCAUAAGUCAGCUGUUGAGGAUUUGCAGACCUGAAACUGUAGUAUUAAGCUCUUCCUUCUCAAUCUAAACUACAACUGAGAAAGCAGCAUUAUAUCCUCAGUACUGAGUGUGAUGGCUGAUAAAUCUCCACUAAACACUUCUGUGAUGUUUCUUUACAGACAUUAUGAUUGAAAAUAAGAGUUCUGUCACUGUUGUUGCAGUUCCUCCUGUUUACCAGCAGAGGCCGAUAAAGCUCACAGAAGACUUAGUGCCAAUUGAAUACAUUUGACUAAACACUGAUUAAUGUUUCUAAGUGAUUACACACUUGGUAGGUUAUUUUUUAGUUCAGAAGUCUGUAAAAAAAAAAAAAAAAAAAAAUCACACAGACUACAUUGUGUAAUUAAAUGUUAUUUCACUGUGUGUUAGCCACCUGUGUACCAUACAGAGUCACACAGAUUACAGCAGCUCAUUACUCUGAUUAAUUCCUCCUCUCUGUCUGAACGUGUGUUCAUUACGAAAAUCAACUGCUGCUCCUCUGAAAGUAAAACCUCGAAAGCACACGGGUGCCGCUCCCUGAUUUCAAGUUUCUGCUGAAGGUCUUGGUGUUUUUAACAUUAACAACUAAGUUGUUUUUCUUCCUGAAACACCGAUUUAUACCUAUACAGAUAAAUUGGUCAAUAAACUAACUCGUAGGACAGAAAACGAGCAGAGCAGAGAAGCAUCAGUCAGUACACAGCUGCCUCUUGACGGUAAUUCUUCAACUAAAUGUCACUGUUUUUACUCUUGUGGUUUACAGAGAUAUUAUUACCUUUGACUCAUAUCCUGUCAGGAACUUCAUGUCUCUGGACCGCUGCAGGACUCCUUCUCUGUCCUGAUUUGCAGCUGCAUUAAUAAUCUGAAGAGAGAAAUCAAAAUAAAAAACAAUCAGUUCUAAUCUGAUAAAAUGCUUGACUGUGACCAGGACAGAAACAUGUUCAGUUUCUUGUCAAAGUUUCUCAUUUUAGCUCCCUUUCAUGUUAUAACAAGAUAUUUUUCAUGUUAUUUUGACACAUUUUCUCAUUAUUACCACCUACCAAAUGAUCCUGUUUUUAUAUUAUAUAUAUUUCCUUAUAUAAAAAAACAUUAUACUUUGAUUCUUUUACUGUUUCUCAUCCCAAACAUGAAAUAAAACUUCAUCAAACCACA